AGGGAGUCCUCCAAAGGCAGGAGGAAGAGGAAGUGAGGGUGCCGCUUCCGGAAGGGAGCCAGCUUCCUGAAGACAGAGGCAGAGGCCCUAUUAAUAUUGCCACUCCUAAUCUCAUGAUAAAAACUGGCAGAAGAAGGAGAAAUUUCUUCAACCACUCUGGAAGCACCCUAAGAACAACAGAACAAAGAUGGAAAGGCAGGAGUCGGCAGUUUCCUGGUUAGGAAAAUCUUCUUGCACCUUCCAGGCAGAGAACAGUGAAACCUUCUGGAAGAAGCCUAGGGAGACGAGCAUGGAAAGCAAUUUGCUCCAUUCAGAUAUUCAGAGACAGUAUUUUAGACAAUUCUGCUACGAGGCGGACCAGGGACCCCGAGAGAUUUGCAGCCGCCUCCACUCUAUCUGCCGCCUGUGGCUGAAGCCAGAGAAGCACACAAAAGCCCAGAUGCUGGAUUUAGUAAUCCUGGAACAGUUCCUGGCCGUCCUUCCUGCCGAGAUGGAGCGCUGGGUGAGGGAAUGUGGGGCAGAGACCAGUUCCCAGGCCGUGGCCUUGGCUGAAGGCUUCCUCCUGAGUCGGGCCCAAGAGGAGAGGAAGUGGGAGAAGCCCCAGGAGCAGAAUUCCUUCGUACUUGAGACCAGAGAGGUGGAAAAGUCUUCUUCCCUGAUGAAAUGGCUUGUCCAGGAUGGGAACAGAAUAUGCAUCACAACGGGAGAUGACACGUGGCCGACGCAUGCUAGUCCAUCUCUUCAUUCGGAUGUGCCCAGAAGAGCUUCUGCAAGACUGGUGACCUUGGAAGAGGUGGCGGUGUAUUUCACAGAGGAGGAGUGGGACCUCCUGGAUGCGGGGCAGAGAGACCUUCACAGGGAAGUGAUGGAGGAGAGUGUGGAGGUUCUGUCCUUUCUUGAAACUCACAAAGACGAGAGGCCAUUUCAAUGCUCGGACUGUACAAAGAGCUUCCUUCGUAAGGAACACCUCACUCGCCACCAAGCAACACACAUAGUGGAGAAACCCUUCCAGUGUUUGGAGUGUGGUAAAUGUUUCAGCCAGAAGACCCGGCUUACUCGUCACCAAGGGACUCACACUGGGGAGAAGCCAUUUAAAUGCUUGGAGUGCGGGAAAGGCUUUGUUUGGAAGAGAAGCCUCAUUUGCCAUCAAGCCGCUCACACUGGGGAAAAACCAUUCAACUGUUCAGAGUGUGGAAAGAGCUUCAUUCAGAAGAUACAUCUGACAUAUCACCUGGGAACUCACGCCAAAGAGAAACCGUUUAAAUGCUUGGAGUGUGGAAAGAGCUUUAGUUGGAAGGGAAGUCUCACUUUUCAUGAAACGACUCACACAGGAGAGAAACCCUUUAGGUGCUUGGAGUGCGGAAAGAGCUUCAGUCAGAAAAUCUAUCUCGCUGCUCAUCAGACAACUCACACAGGAGAGAAAUCGUACAAAUGUUCAGAGUGUGGAAAGAGCUUCAGCCGGAAGAUGAACCUGACUUACCAUCUGGCCUCUCACACCGGGGAGAAGCCAUUUAAAUGCUUGGAAUGUGGGAAGAGUUUCUGUCGGAAGACACACUUCGUUUAUCAUCAAGCGAUUCACACGGGAGAGAAACCGUUCAAAUGCUCAGAGUGUGGAAAGAGCUUCAGUCGGAAAACGCACCUCACUCGCCAUCAGGUAAUUCACACAAGAGAGAAGCCAUUCAAAUGCCUGGAGUGUGGAAAGUGCUUCAGCCGGAAGAUACACCUCGCUUGUCAUAACAAAACCCACGUCGGGGAGAAAUCCUUCAAAUGUUCGGAGUGCGGGAGAGGAUUCUGGCAGAAGCAACAUCUUACGGAUCAUGAAGCGACCCACCGAGGCGAGAAACCCUUCAAAUGCUUGGAGUGUGAGAAGAGCUUCAUUUGGAAGAAGAGCCUCACUCACCACCAAAUGACACACGCAGGGGAGAGAUCCUUUAAAUGCCUCGAGUGUGGGAAGAGCUUCUUCCAGAAGACGCGACUCACUACACACCAAGCCAUCCACAUGAGGAAGAAACAGUUUGAAUGCUUGGAGUGUGGAAAGUACUUCACUUGGAAGAAGAACUACAUUCAUCACCAGGCAACUCAUAUGGGAGAGAAGCCGUUUAAAUGCCUGGAGUGUGGGAAAUGCUUCAGCUUUAAGAGAUACCUCACUCGUCAUCAAGUAACUCAUGCAAAGAAGAAAACAUUUCAAUUAGUGGAGUAUGCCAAGAACUGUCAGCAGAUGUAUCUCACUUCUGAACAGGUGAUUGAUGCAGCGGAGCAAUCUUUUAAAUCCUCAGUGGAAGAAGAACUAUACUAAAAUGAGUUCCCUUUCAGACUCAGUCAAAAAACCCUCAGU